AUGACUCUCCCUCAGCCCGCGCCCAUCCCAGCGCGCACAAACGAAGAACUGAACCUCAGUGUGUUGCAACGGCACGACCCUUCGGUUCAUCAGAUCCUCUCUGUCGCUCCCUUUGCCGUUGUCUACACCUUCAAUCCAUCUUCGUCGACUUGGGAAAAGCAAGGGACUGAGGGCACAUUGUUCGUCUGUUCACUGCUGCCACUGGUCGGAGGUCCGCAGAUUGAACGAUACAGCUGUAUUGUCUUGAAUCGCCGCGGUCUUGAGAACUUCUCUAGUGAAUUGUUCUCCGCCGAGUCGGUUCAAGUGACGGACGAGUAUGUCAUCUUGCAGGUCGAGGGAGAGGAUGGAAGCACAAACAUCUACGGUCUAUGGAUCUUUGCCGAGGAGGGAGGAAGCACUGUACAAGCAAGAGUCGUGAAUGCCUUGAUUAUUCAAGAAUGCGCAAAAAGA